AAUUGAGUUUCGAGCUAAAACUAAAAAUAUCUCAUCUCAUUCGCUGUCUUCUUUUGCCUCCAUUUUUUUGAUCCCUUGCUGCUUUGUGAGAUCGCUGAAUUUGUUGGAGUUCGACAUCGGAAAAUGGCAACGGCGUACGCAAAUCUUUUGAAUGUAGGAACCAAGAUUAUUGGUGUUGGCCGGAACUACGCCGCCCAUGCCAAAGAACUUGGCAACGCCAUCCCCAAGGAGCCGGUUUUAUUUAUGAAACCCACGUCGUCUUACUUGCAAAAUGGAGGGACGAUCGAGAUCCCUCACGCUCUGAAGUCUUUGGAUCACGAGGUUGAGCUCGCUGUUGUCAUCUCGCAGAAAGCUCGUGACGUUCCUGAAGCCUCCGCCAUGGAUUAUGUUGGGGGUUAUGCUCUUGCACUGGACAUGACUGCCCGAGAAAUCCAAGCUUCUGCCAAGUCUGCAGGCCUUCCAUGGACUAUAGCUAAAGGGCAGGACACCUUUACACCCAUCAGUUCGGUUCUCUCCAAGGCGUCAAUUCCCGAUCCCGAUGAUAUAGAAUUAUGGUUAAAGGUAGACAAUGAAUUUCGACAGAAAGGCUCAACCAAGGAUAUGAUCUUCAAAAUCCCAUACCUCAUUAGCCAUAUAAGUUCCUUCAUGACCCUUCUUGAAGGAGAUGUCAUACUAACAGGAACUCCCUCAGGCGUUGGCCCAGUGAAGGCAGGCCAGAAGGUAACAGCAGGGAUAACGAAUAUCAUAGACGUUCACUUCAACGUCGAAAAUCGGAGGAAACCAUAAACAUCAUGAGUUUCAAAUUUUCUACGACUCUUAUCGUCGGUUCAAAUAAAAUCCAGACUCCAGAAACAUUUGAGAAGAUUAUGGGUCUGAGCCAUUGCUGUUAUCUUUUACACCAUUAAUGUGAAGUGUACUCGAUUUGAUAUUCAUGAAGGAACCAUAGGGGGAUUGAACUGAGAAGUAGGACAGUGCAGGGAGUUUCUGGGUUCAGGUAAUCCCAAUUAUGCUAAUACAAAGGGAAAA